AUGUACAACUAUCUGUCAAAAGAGUCACCAAUUACUCCAGUGUUUUAUACGGUACCGAAGAUCCACAAAGACCCACUGAAUCCCCCGGGGAGACCUAUAGUAGCCUCGGUGGAUUCAGUGUUGUCUCCCCUAAGCAUUUUGUUGGAAAGAACAUUAACCCCAUUAACAAAAAACACAAGGGCCUUCCUAUUGGAUACUACAGCUUUCUUGCAAGAAUUAUCAGAAAUUUGUGAUGUCACCAAUGAAACAUGGCUCAUCUCUAUUGACGUUUGCAGCCUGUACACGUCAAUAGUUCAUACGAAGGGACUUGAAGCCACAGAAUGGCUGUUAAACACAAGACUGAAAUUCACCCUAGUCUGUGAUCAGACUCAGGUGAGCUUCCUGGACACCAUGGUGCAAAAAGAUGGGAAAGGAGGUCUUAAAACAGAUCUGUUCCGGAAAGAAACUGACCAGAACAAAACAAUAAAGAAAGGAGGCCACAGGACAAGCAUUGAAAAGAUCAGUAUAUUUAGCCUUAUUUUUAUAUUAACACAUUGUGGACUUUAUGAUUUAUACAUGUAUGUAAACAAUGUUUUGGUUUCUAUGACAACCUGCUUUGCAUUGAUUGCUCCCAAUAUCAUACAUACUGGAAAUGAGGAGAACAUUGUCAUACAGUGUCAUGAAUGUGCACCUGAUAUGAAUUUGCCAGUGAAGAUCAUGGUGAACAAUUUUCCAAAGGAUGACAAGAACCUUUACCAGACAGCCACUACUCUAACUGCUUCAAACAAUUAUCUGACAACAGCAAACAUCAAAAUUCCUUACAAUUACCUUACUUCUGACAGAAAUGAAAAACAAUAUGUUAUUGUUCGUGCCAGUUCCCUGCAACUAUUUGAAAUCGAAAAGGUUAUCCUUGUUUCGCCUCACACAGGGUAUAUUUUCAUUCAAACAGACAAAACCAUCUAUACACCAAACCAAAAUGUAAACUACCGGAUUUUCACCACUGAUCAAAACUUGGAUCCAGCAGAUCAACAAGUCACUGUGUCAUUGCAGAACCCAAACAGUGUAAUUGUUCAUAGGGAAGAUAAGAUGCCUUCAAAAGGGCUGACAACAAUGACCAUGAAGAUUCCAGAACUGGUAAACAUUGGAACAUGGAAAAUCAUUGCAAAGUUUAGCCAUUCACAACAGAAAGAAUACACAAUGCAGUUUGAAGUGCAAGAGUAUGUGCUUCCAACUUUUAAAGUUGAGCUAGAAACAGAAAAAAAGUUCUUUUAUUAUAAGGAUGAAGAACUGGUUGUUAAUAUUAAAGCCACGUAUCUGUUUGAUAAAAAUGUAAAUGGCUAUGCUGUUGCCAUAUUUGUAUUGUUCAAAGAUUCCCUGAAGACCUUACAUGGAUCUAUGAAAAGAGUACAGAUAACUGAGGGAAAAGGAAGUAUAGCUCUUAAAAGGGCACAACUCUUGGAAGCUGUCAAUAAUGAAAAUGAGCUCAUUGGGUAUUACAUUUAUUCAAACGUGACAGUAUUUUCAACAGAUGGUGAUUAUGUUACAGCACACAAAACCAACAUCAAGAUCGUGUCCUCGCCAUAUAAUAUUGCACUUAUUAGGACUCCAUCUUAUUUCAUACCUGGUGCUCCAUUUAAAUUAACAGUGUCUGUUAAAAACCCUGACAUGACUCCUGCAGCAAAUGUUCCUGUAGUUUGUGGAAAGGAUGAAGGACGAUCAUCACAGGAAGGACUGGUGGAGCUGAAAAUGAAUACACAAGCCAGUCAAAAAGAGCUAACAUUAACUCUCAAAACUGCUGAUAGAAAUUUGCAGGAUGAACAACAGGCUACUGUAACAAUGACUGCAAAAGCAUACCAACCCACAUGGAAACAAAACUUUCUCCACAUAGAUUGUGAACUCGUAAAUGAUAAUGUCAAUAUCAAUCUCAACAUACAAACAGAAGACAAUUUAAAAGAAAACAUUAAAUACUUCACUAUUCUGGUUACGAGUAGAGGAAAAAUAUUACAGACAAUAUUUCAAAAAAGGGGUAAAGGAGAACUUCUUUCUGCAGUAAGGUUGACUGUGACACCAGACAUGCUACCUUCCUUCAGGAUUGUGGCUUACUACUACCUAUUUAUCGAAGAAAGAUUUCUUGAAUUAGUAUCUGACUCUGUCUGGCUUAAUAUGAGAAGAACCUGCAAGGGCACGCUAAAAAUAAAUCCACCCAGAAGGCGUGUAAAUGUUUACAAACCUCAUGAGAUGGUAGAACUUGGUUUGGUUGGAGAUAAAGGAGCAACUGUGGGUUUAGUGGCUGUAGACAAAGGAGUAUUUGUCCUAAACAACAAAUCCAGGCUCACCCAAGACAAGAUAUGGGAUGAUGUACAGCAAAAUGACAUUGGAUGCACACCAGGAAGUGGCGCUAACCCUUUGGGUGUAUUUCAAGAUGCUGGCUUAGAUUUUACAACCAAUUUAAAUAUACAAACUUCACCAAGAAGAGAUUUUACCUGCACUUCAAGCCAACAUGGACGAAGCCGUCGUUCAAUAGAAAUUUUAGAAGCAAAGCAAAAGAAAGCAAGUUCAGCUCCAGAACAUCUGAGACUUUGUUGUUUGGCUGGAUUGCAUGAGAGUCCUAUAGGACUUUCAUGUAGUAAGAGAAGAAAACAGGUUCAGCAGGGGGAGGAAUGUGCAAACAUGUUCUUUGAGUGCUGCUUCCAUGUGGAGGAGCUGAAAAAACGAUUUAACGCUGAUUUUGGAAUCGACAGGUCUUUUGAUGGUGACACUGAAGAAGAUCUGGAAGAUGACAUUACACCCCGAAGUAAUUUCCCUGAGAGCUGGCGCUGGAAUGUUCUGCACCUUGAAGAAGAAUCAAAAAAAGACACUGUCGAUGUGGCAUUGCCUCUUAGGCUACCGGACUCCAUCACCACUUGGGUGGUACAAGCAAUCAGCAUUAGGAAAGACAAAGGCAUCUGUGUAUCAGAACCUUAUGAAGUGACCACCUUUAAAGAGUUCUUUGUUGACCUGAGAAUGCCUUACAGUGUUAUAAGAAAUGAGCAAGUACAGAUCCGAGCAGUAGUUCACAACUAUAUGACGCAGCAAGCUAAGGUCAACGUGAAAUUCUUCUAUAAUGAAAAUGUAUGCAGUUUGGCUACCAAAUCCAGAGGUUAUCAGGAAACAGUUAGAGUACCAGCAGAAUCAUCCAAGGUGGUAUACUUUGUUGUAGUCCCACUCAAAGCAACAGAAGUUUACAUAGAUGUUUUGGCUAUGUCGGAUGGUUUCUCAGACCGAGUGAGAAAAAUACUCCAUGUGUUGCCAGAGGGGAAACUUGUGAGGAAACAAUCUUUAAGCCAAUCGCUAGACCCUAAAGGAAGCCCUCAGCGGAUCCAAAUCAAAACUGAGGAUUUAGAAGGAAUGGUGCCUGAUAGCGAUGCCACAAGCUUCAUUAGCAUACAAGGAGAUAUCAUGGGAGAGACUUUGCUGGGUAUCUUAGAUCAUAACUAUCUUGGAUCUCUUAUAUAUGUUCCGUAUGGCUGCCCAGAACAGAACAUGUUCUCAACAACUCUAAAUGUCAUUCUGACUAAGUAUUUAGAUGCCACUAAAAGGUGGGAUGCUGUUGGUGCUGAAAAAAGAAGAACGGCUGUAAAUAAUAUUAUUAAAGGCUAUCAGAAGCAAAUAUAUUAUUUCUCUGGUGACUCUUUUCAGGGAAGCACCUGGUUGACUGCAUAUGUAGUGAAGAUAUUUUCACUGGCUUUUAAGGCAGAUUUACUGGAUGUUAACAAAGACAUCCUCUGUAACAGUUCUAUGUGGUUGGUCAAAAAUCAGAAAGACAAUGGUGAAUUUCAGGAGCUUGGAAUUGUAUAUACAAAAACCAUGCAGGGUGGAUAUGCAGAGUCAGAAUCCUCUCUAACAGCAUUUGUACUUAUUGCACUAGCAGAAUUAGGAAACACGUGUGGUUAUCUAGAAAUUAAAGAAGCAAUGAAGAAAGCCGAAAAGUAUCUUGCAGCUGAACUUCCAAAGUUAAAACAUACAUAUAGUGCUGCUAUAACCUCUUAUGCUCUGUCUUUAGUAGGGAACACUCAAAAUGAAGAUAUUAUUGAUUUAUUUGCAAGUAAAGAUAGGACUUACUGGCCAGUUGGCAAGUCUCUGUUUACUGUGGAAGCCACUGGGUAUGCCCUUCUUCAAAAACUAAAGCUCAGAAAAUUUGAAGAAGCCCAUAAAAUUGCAGAAUGGCUGGUGAAAGUAAGAGCUUUUGGGGGAGGAUACAGUUCAACACAGGCCACCAUAAUUGCACUUCAAGCCUUGUCACAAUACCAAAUAGAUACAAGCGCCCCUCAAACUGUAAGCUUAGAUGUCACACUUGUUGUAGAAGGAAGGCAAAGACCACUUGAGUUUUCUAUACGGAAUGCAGAUAUGUAUUUGGAAAGGACAACUAAGGUUCCAGCAAAUAAAAAUCUCACCAUUGAAGUGACAGGAACUGGUAAAGGCACCGUAACAGUCAUGACAGUUUACCAAGCCUUACUGAAUGCAGAAAAACAGUGCAAUGGAUUUACAUUAGAAGCAGAGGUGAAACCACACGAAACAAAAGCUGAUACAUAUACCCUCCACCUGCGAACUAGAUACCAAGGUGAAUUACCUGCUACCAUGACCCUUAUUGAAGUAACCAUGCUCUCAGGCUUCUCGCCAAUUGUUGAGGAUCUAAAAAAGUUGGAGAAUAAGGUAGAAAAUUACAUUAUGAAGUUUGAAACCCAAAGCUCUACAUCGAACGGAACUGUUGUACUGUACUUGACCAAGGUUCCUAAUAAUGAAGACUUUGAGAUUGGAUUCGGAAUUCAUAAGAACUUUGAAAUAGGACUUCUUCAACCAGCGGACAUUUCCAUAUACGAGUAUUAUGAUCUCGAUAAAAAAUGCAGCACGUUUUAUAACCUUCCCGAGGAGAGUGGCCAUUUAAGGAAAAUCUGCAAAGGGUCUUCAUGCAAAUGUGCUACAGAAAAAUGUGCAUCUCUACGCAAAAUGACUGAUAAAGACACACUACAAGAAAUGGCGUGUGCAGUAGGUGUAGACUUUGUUGUUAAGGUUCAGCUGACACACUCAAGCAGAGAAGCCAACUAUGAUUUCUACAAUUUCACCAUCUUGGAUGUAAUCAAAGAAGGAGCAAACAUUGUGCACUCAUCCACUGGUCAGAGACAGUUCCUUAAUCACAUGGCUUGUAGCCAAUCACUUGAACUGCAAACCAACAUGAAUUAUCUUAUAAUGAAUCACUAUUCUAACGUAUGGGAGACUUUAUCAUUGGAAAGUUACAUGUUUAGCAGUAAAACAUUCAUACUGCAUUGGCCAGAAGGGAGUGAAACGUUAAAAGAAUUCACAGACACCAUGAAAGAAAACGGAUGUGAUACUUAAAAACCAUUACACAGGAUUUGCAUCUGUUUUAUUACAUUAAAAAUUUAUUUUACUGAUAACUGAUGCUUUUUAUGAAUAAAUAUCUUAGACAAAUUUACCUAAUAGUUCUUGUAUGUAUACUUUUCACUGGUUAUUUGAUAAAAUGUAUUUCAUACAUACAGUAUAGUUUGUGUGCUACAGAAACUACAGUGCUGUCCUGUUACUUUUUUUGUGAGACCAAUAAAAUUGCUAUCAAACGCACAUCACCCUGUAUUAAUGGCAGAGGAAUUUUAUGAACUGCAUAAAUGAUUACUAGUCACAUGAUUAAGCGUGUCAUGUGAAAGCUCAGUAAAUGAACAUAGAUCCUAGAUGAUGAACAUGUGACAUUGAUGUUUAAGUGUUUACUGUGAAAAACACAACUUUAGGCUGUAUGUGAAUUUUGCUUUAGAUGCCAUAAGUUACAAGGAUCCUCCUGUCAUACAUUAAGAAAAUCUUCAGACCUAUUAGCAGUAAAGGGUCUAUUUCUUGUCAAACUGCAGACUUUUGGUAAAGUGAUAGAUGCCUGCCCUUUUUGUCCCAAAAUCCCAACUCAUCAACCUGCCCCUUCCAGUAUGGUGACAUGCUCUCCCCCACCUUUCCCAGCACUAAACAAAACUUCAACGGCUCUGUGUUCUUUGUAUCAGCAUUAGUCGAGUGCAGGACUUGCUGAAGCGACCUCCAUCCCGUCAACUGCUGGACUAUUCUGGGUACAGGCAGUAAUUUUUUUUUGUUCAUGCAAAGCAUAGAUUACAGAGAAACCAAAAUAUAAGUAAAAAUAAAAAUGUAGAUUUUACUUUUGAAGACAAAUGCUAUUGCUCAGAAACCUUACAGGGUUUUAUUAUUUACAUUUUCCCCCCUCUUUUCCUGCCUUACCUAAUUUCAUCUUCAACUUUUUGUAGUCCUUAGGUCUUAUUGCUCAACAUCCACCGAUAUGCCUUUUUUGUUAGUUAAAGAAAGAAAUUCCACAUUUUCACAUAUUCAGGAGAUAAAUGAUGGAUGUUUUAGGCUAA